CAUUUCCAUUUGGCCCCGCGGCGCCGCUCGGCCGCUCGUGGUUUUUCCACUCAAAGACUAGACACCCCGCUCCUCUAUUUAGCCUUGCGCCCCGGAGCAGGGCCCCCGAUCGGAAGCGAUCACACGCUGCGUGCUAGCGAAGCCCAAGCCUCGCGGGGGAGAAGGCAAUGGGCGUCGGCGUCCGAGCUCACGACCUCAACAAGCACCGGCGCCACCAGGACGCGCGCGAGGCCGGCGCCGCGCCGCAGCUCGCGGCGGCGUACCUCUACGGCGACGUGCUCGAGUCGGUGGUGGAGCGGGUGCCCGCGCCGGACCUCGCCGCCGCGGCGCGGGUCUCGCGGGAGUGGCUCCGCGCGGUGCGCGCCGCGCUGCGCCGCCGCCCGCGCCGCCUGCCCUGGCUCGUGGCCCACGUCCAGGCGCGCGGGGGCCGCCGCUGCGCCGCGGCCUACGACCCGCGCGCGGGCGCCUGGCUCGCCGUGCCGGCGCCGCCGCGCCACGCCGCGCCGUCGCACGUCCGCCUCGUGCGCGGCGCGCGCGGGGACCGCGUCUGCGCGCUCUCGCUCUCGGGCCUCGCCGUUGCGGGGGACCCGCUCGGGGCCGCCGCGUGCGUCGCCAUGGGGGCGCCCCGCGUGUGGCGCGUCGACCCGGUGCUCGCGGCCGUGGGCGACCGCGUCGUCGCGCUCGGCGGCGCGUGCCGGCUCGCGCUGGCGGAGGGCGAGGACGAGGCGGUGGUGGAGGUCCACGAGGGCGGCGGGUGGGCGCCCUGCGAGCCCAUGCCCGGCGCGCUCAGGGACUCGGCCUCCGCGACGUGGCUCGCGGCGGCGGCCACGGACCAGCGGGUGUACCUGGUGGAGAGGGCCACCGGGUGGGCGAGCUGGUUCGACCCGGCGAAGCGGCUGUGGGGCCCCACCCGCCGCCUCGGGCCCGACCCCGCCGUCACCGCGUGGGGCGUCGCGCCCGGCCGCGCCGGCGCCGGCGAGCGGCUCGUCCUGUUCGGUGCGAAGCGGGCGGACAAGGAAGCAGAGUGCACGGCCGUGAUCCAGGCGUGGGAGGUGGACGGCGACACUCUGGAGCCGACCCCUUCCGCGUCGAGCGAUGCAAUGCCGCCGGAGCUGUCGGACAGGCUGUUCCCUCGCGAGGACGACGAAGAGGAUCCCGACGACAUCGACGACCCCGAGCCGCUGUCCAUCGGGGUUUGCGGCAACGCCACGGGAGGGUACGUGUACAAUGGGGCCGAGCCGUCGCGCGGCGCGGUGCUCUACGAGCUCCGGGAGGAAGGGAAGGCCACCGCCGUGGCGCGGUGGGAGUGGGUGCCGUGCGCGCCCGCCGUGCAGGCCGAGCCGCUGGGCCGCGCCAUCCUCGCGUGCUCGCCGGUGGGGCUGGAUGAGCUGGCGCUCGCCGUUGGGGCGAGGGGCCCACACUGACGCACGGCCGCACACCGAAUCAAAUCAAUCAAUCAAUCCCUGAUUUGCAACUUGCAAGCAAAGCUGGAGAAGAAGACGAUCUUUUGUAACCGCAAAUUUGAUCGCGAGGUGUUGCAGCAUGUCCUUGUCUUCUUUUUGACUUGGAAGUUCAUUGCUGAGAAUUUUAUUAGCUCGCGAGAAUGCAGCUGAUAAUUUAUUGGACAACACAAAAUGCAGCUGCCGAGGAUUGUUAUAAGCUAUACGUGCAGCGCCCAAGAAUUCGAGAAUAAAGGCAAACGGAUUCCUCGAAAACUCGAGACCUAAUAGGAGUAUCACUUUGUCACAAACGGGUGAAUUUGACAUGGUUUUAAACGCAACUCCGAUUACGAAA